UGCUUCGGUCCCUGCAGAUUUCGAACUCGGUACUUCUUUUAUUUUGUUUUUCCCAGAAAAUUUUCUCACAAUUUCUCGGCAAAAUUCCCGGAAAAAGCACUCGAUCAGCAGCUUCUAUUCGUUGGUCCACUUCGGGAAAAUCUAUUGUUUUAUAUUUGCUUCAAAUUUGUGACCGUUGGGAAUGUAAAGAUGGUCACGAAGGAAGAUGUGGAUUUCUAUUGCGGGUUUUCAAGGAAAGAGCUUCAGAGUUUGUGCAAGAAGUAUAAUUUGCCGGCCAAUAGAUCAAGUUCGGAUAUGGCUGAAUCAUUAGCUUCUUAUUUCGAGAAAAAUAGUUUGAACGCGGUAGGCUUUGGGGUCCCUGGGAAUCAACAUAGUGUAGCUACGACGUCUAGAGCACCAACGGAUAGAACAUGGGAUGUUAAAAGAGAUUCUUAUGGUAAAGAAUUGGAUAAAACUAGAGUGGAUUGUGUUCAAGGUGAGGUGGCUAGGAGACCAGGCUUUAUGAUUGGGGACAAUACACCGUAUCAGGAAAGAAAUGGAAAUGGUGGUUUGAUUGAUUCUGCAUGCACCCCUCCGUAUAUGAGGAAAUUGAAUGAAAAGGGCCCAACAGAAAACUCCAAGAGAACAGAGUCUCGGCUAGAAAAUAGAAUGAGAGAUGUAGACAGUGGUGAUAGUGCUAGUUCGUCUUCGUUUGAGUUUCAUGUCAGUUUGGAAGAGGGUAUUAGCCUUUCAGUUGAUCUAAAUUUCAAUCCAUCAGAUUGGAUUAAUAGCAUGAGGGAUGAGGUCAAUGUAUGUGAUAGCAUGCGUCGCAGAAAAUCCCCACAAUCUGAUCUUGGCAUUAACAGUGAUACAGAGUGUAAGAAACAGAAGAGUUCAGGGCAAGAUGUAAGAAGAGAAUCAUGUGUAAGUCCGACAAUGAAAGACAAUACUCAGUUACCUGCUGAUCAUCAUUCCAAUGGUGAACGGUCUCUAGCGUCAUCUGCUAUAGAACAAUGCAGCAGAAUUAAAGAGGGCUCAGACACUUGCAAGGAAAAUAAAGGGAUUAACAUGUCCAUACCCAAUUCGUCAGUACCUGGCCAGAUUGUAUCAUCUUGUGUUGAAUCGUAUAGCAAAAGCUGCUGUGUAAAUCCAGUUGACUUGGACUGUGCCAUUCCUUCUGAGAAGAAGUUAACAAGCGAUUUAGUUAUGGUUGCUUCAGAACAGAAACAUCCACCUGGUGAUCUUCUUAUUGAAACUCUUGGAAAUCCAUCCAUGGAAACUUUUCACAAGGUCGGAAACUCUAGUACUUUUAUAUGUCCACGGGGAGCUGGUUCUGAACUAUCAUCAUCAGAAGCAGAGGCUUAUCAUUUAAACCCGCUGUGCUCUCCUCGUAAGACCAGUAGAUCCUCAACCAUCUCUUCUCCAGAGUUCAUCAUCGAUAGAGAGUCCACUUGUUAUUCUGAUUCAUUUAAGUUCCGGUGUAAUGGAGGCAAGAACUGUCUGCCACCAAAUACUGAGGAGCAGGAAAAGAGUGAAGUUUUAAGUGAGCAGGCGCGGCCAGAGUGACUUGUUUGAUGUGAAGAAGCAUCCAUUAUAUUGUAUAAUAAUUGUUCAAGUAAUAGGAGAAUGGCUAUAUACAUGAUGUAGAGAUAGUCAAGAAGAAAUGGCCUUCCUCUGACCAAGAGGUUUCUUCUGCAUCUUUUUUCUGAGGCCAUCAAGUACAUGGAGAUUCCAUGAAAGGCAUUGGAUCGAUUAUUACUUAAGGAUUUUGCAGUGAGCCAGUGACCUAGGGAGAAGUCAGUUUUAGGUCAGUAUGCAAUUCUUUUUGGUUUCGUCUGUACCAAUGCUGUAAACGCAAUUCUAUGUUGGUGUACACAUCAUUCAUAGACCAAUGUUGGAGAUUAAGCUUCCAGAGCAAUGUUGCAUACACCGUGUUGUUGAGUAGAAGCAAAGGCCUGACUGUAAGGGAGUGAAACAUGUUAAGGAGUAACAUCCAUGUAUACCUACCAUGUAGUGCUAAUGAAAGAAUCUCCUUAUGCCCUA